CGAAGGGGCGGGGCUGCGCGCGUGACGUCAGGCAGUGCAGCAGCGUCUCCUUGUAAAGCCGCGGGUCAGACGGACGGACCUUAAAAACCUCGCAGCUCCGCCAACGGGACAUUUCACAGAGGACCGAGACGCGCUCACGUGCCUCUGGACUGCAGCCGCUCGGUGUCUCCGGUGGUCCCGACGCCCCCGCGCUCCUCUGCGUCCUCCUCGUGCCUCUCCGCGCUCAUGCGCUUCUUCAGACUCACAUUCAAGUGUUUUGUGGAUUGUUUCUGAAGGUCGCCGCUCGCGCGCCGGUUUAACUCGCUUUAUUUUUUAUUAUCAGCUGUUUUUUUUAUUUUCACUGUCGUGUCUCUCAUUUUGGAUCGAAGGACAGAAAUGUCUCCUGAUUAUUACUAGAACAUUCUACGUUUGUACACUAAUCGGGAUAAAUAAAUAAAACAGAUUGUGGAUCAUCGCGUCCUCGUCUCCGAAUCAUCAUCAUCAUAAUAAUAAUAUUAAUAACAAUAAUAUUUAUUGUAACUCAAGGAGGAGAAACCCGUGACCGGACUCAGUCCUCCGCUUCUGACGGGACCCGAAGGGACUCCGCUCCAGUAGGACAGACGAGGACCAGCAUUAAAGGUUAUAAAGAACCUGCAGAUUUAAAGGGGACGUUGUGCGUGAACUAGUGCGGCCGGUCCACUACUGGUCCACUACUUAAGGGAACCUAAAUACUUUAGAGCAGCUGACUUUUAGAGACAGGUGUCCUACCAGAACCCACCUGGGGACCAGACCCAGCAGUGACCGGUUCUGAACCGAAUCGGACCGGGAAUGGAGAAGCAGACCCUGCCGGCCUCCUCCUGCUCCCUGGUUCUCCUGGAGGAGACCAAGAAGAACCCCCUGCUCCUGACCAAUGGAGGGGCAGGAGGAGGUUACCCCCCCUCGGCUGCUAACGGCAGCCUCGUCCCGCUGGCCCCGGGCUCCUGCGGCGGGCCCCCCGGUAAAGCGGUGCCGGUACCGGGUCCCGGUUACCCGGAGCGGGAGACGUGGACGCGGCAGAUGGACUUCAUGAUGUCCUGCGUGGGCUUCGCGGUGGGACUCGGGAACGUGUGGAGGUUCCCGUACCUGUGCUACAAGAACGGAGGAGGUGUCUUCCUCAUCCCAUACCUGCUGAUCGUGUUCGUGGGUGGGAUCCCCAUCUUCUUCCUGGAGAUCGCUCUGGGUCAGUUCAUGAAGGCCGGCAGCAUCAACGUGUGGAACAUCGCACCGCUUUUUAAAGGUCUCGGUUACUCCUCCAUGGUGAUCGUUUUUUUCUGUAACACCUACUACAUCAUGGUGCUGGCCUGGGGCUUCUACUACCUGAUCAAGUCCUUCAACUCCACCCUCCCCUGGUCCACCUGCGACAACGAAUGGAACACGCCCAGCUGCAUCGAGAACUUCCGCCACCAGGACUGCGUCAACGGCAGCAUUGCCAACGCCACCGUUGUCGGCGGCAACAUGACCUGCGCCCAGCUGGCCAACGCCCAGUCGCCCAUCAUUGAGUUCUGGGAGAGAAAGGUGCUCAACAUCUCAUCCGGCCUGGGUGAAACUGGAGAGUUCAACUGGGAGCUAACGUUGUGUCUGAUGGCCGUCUGGGUGAUGGUUUACUUCUGUGUCUGGAAGGGAGUCAAAUCCACCGGAAAGAUUGUGUACUUCACAGCCACCUUCCCCUACGUGGUGCUGGUCAUCCUGCUGGUCCGAGGCGUCACGCUGCCUGGAGCCUACGACGGCAUCAUGUACUACAUCAAACCAGACUGGUCCAAGCUGGGGGAGGCCCAGGUGUGGAUUGAUGCCGGUACUCAGAUCUUCUUCUCCUACGCCAUCGGCCUCGGAGCUCUGACGGCGCUGGGCAGCUACAACCGCUUCAACAACGACUGCUACAAAGACGCCUUCGUCCUGGCGAUGAUCAACAGUGGGACCAGUUUCUUCGCUGGUUUCGUGGUCUUCUCCAUUCUGGGCUUCAUGGCCGCCGAGCAGGGAGUCGACAUCUCGCAGGUCGCCGAGUCAGGUCCUGGUCUGGCCUUCAUCGCCUACCCGAAGGCCGUCAGCCUGAUGCCGGUGGCUCCUCUCUGGGCCGCGCUCUUCUUCUUCAUGCUGCUGCUGCUGGGACUCGACAGUCAGUUCGUCGGGGUGGAGGGUUUCGUCACUGGGAUCCUGGACCUGUUCCCUGGGAAGCAGCAGUACCGCUACAAGAGGGAGAUCUCUGUGGCCGUGUGCUGCUCGCUGUGCUUCAUCAUCGACCUCUCAAUGGUGACGCAGGCCGGCAUGUACGUCUUCCAGUUGUUUGACUACUACUCGGCCAGCGGGAUGACUCUGCUGUGGCAGGCCUUCUGGGAGUGCAUCGUGGUGUCUUGGGUCUACGGUGCUGACCGCUUCAUGGACGACGUGGCUCGGAUGAUUGGCUACCGGCCUUUUCCCUGGAUGAAGUGGUGCUGGUCCUUCAUCACCCCGUGUGUCUGCCUGGGCAUCUUCAUGUUCCACCUGGUGAACUACAAGCCGCUGACCUACAAUAACCAGUACGUGUACCCAUGGUGGGGCGAGGUCAUCGGAUGGUGCAUGGCGCUGUCCUCCAUGCUCUGCAUUCCUGUCAGCCUCCUCUACAAGCUCUUCAGGGCCAAGGGGACCUUCAAGGAGCGCUGGGCUCACCUGACCACCCCAGUGUGGGGCCCCCACCACCUGGAGUACAUGGCCCCCGACAUCAAGUCGCUGAGCUCCCUGUCCGCCGCCGACGACAACAAGGUCAUUAUUUUUGAGAGCGUCAUGUAGGUGGGGCUCCUCGGAGGAUGGCCGCUGAUUGGCUGCCUCCCGUCCUCCGCCGUGUUCCACAAGAAGAAAAAGAAGAAGAGAGCGGGGCAGUUUUUAUACAUCCACGAUCUCGAGAUUCAAACCAGCAGCUCGCUGUAAAGGGCUUCCACUCCUCUGCUCCUCUAGGUGGUGGGGGGGGGGGG